AUGGCCGACAAAUUUGCCCUCUAUCCCUCCCUCAAAUUCAUUGUAUCGCAUCUCAAAUCUUUGGUUCCUCAUCAUUUGUCUGCAGAAAACUAUCAGAUUUGGAGAAAUCAAAUCCUGAAGUUAUUCAAGGCAAAUGGAUUUGAAGCCUUUCUUGAACAAACUUCGGCUUCGACUUUAUCUGGACGAGAUCAAAAUCAAGAGAAUCUCGACCCAAAUGCAAGCGACGACACCUGGGUUUUCACCGAUCAGAACCUAGCGACAGCCAUCUGCUCCACUAUAUCCGCUCCGGUUCUACCCAACAUAAUGCAUCUUGAAUCAUCGGCGGAGAUCUGGCAGGCGCUGCAGACACGGUUCCAGUCGUCAAGUCGAUCUAAGGUGAUUCAGCUCAAGAAUGAGCUUCACAAUAUUUCUAAGAAAAACAUGUCUAUGCAAACGUAUCUUGCAGAAAUCAAGAAAUUAGUGGACAACAUUGCAUCCGCUGGAGCAAAAAUGGACACCAAAGACAUUAUACUUCAUAUCAUGAAUGGUCUACCGGCGACAUAUCAAUCGUUCAAAACGUAUAUACGCACAAUGCAACAUCCUCUUACGCUUGAUACUCUAUAUGCUCUAUUAAUCAGUGAAGAGAUUCAUGUUCAAGAAGAUUCACAAAGAAUGGCGACUCCGUCUGACGUUCAGACAGCGUUAUACACAAACAGAG